AUGUCAUUCAUCAAUAAAGCUUUCACCUUCGCCUCAAUCUUCCUCGUUGCUGUCGAGGCGUCAGUGCUCGCUCAACGCCAGACCUCCUGCGCCACGUUGCUCGAGUCCUGCGCUGAUAGCGCAUGCUGCGACGGAUUCACAUGUGCCUCGUUACCCAUUCUCGGGUCGGUGUGCUCAAUUGCGCUCCCUACUGGUACUAGUACUGGAAGCACUGGAAGCACUGGUAGUAGUAGCACUGGAAGCACUAGUAGUACUGGCCUUCCUGGUAGUAUUUGUGCUGCCUCGGGAGAACCAUGCGUCACCCUUGCUGGCGAUAGUAUUUGCUGCACGGGCCUUACUUGCUCGACGAGUUUACUCGGAAUCUUAGGAUAUCUGCCAAUUGUGGAAUCCAAAUUCCGUGUUACUCUUCCCAGUAAAGUACCAACACGGUACAUAUACAUUCAAAAGGUCUCAGUUGAGAAAGUAAAUGCAAAAGUCAGUCAACUUCAAACCUUUCUUGAAUCGCACUGUCGUGUCAAGAGCAGUUGUAUUGAACGAGACAGUCCAUCUACCUCACGACCGUAUGGUGUUUGA